UUUACCCUGCCACCUUGAUGGGUUCACAGCUCAUUUAUAAGAGCUGAGAAGGCGUAUGAUGCCGAGGAGCUUGCAGUUCACUACGUACAUAUAUAUGUCGAUGGCUACAUUCUGGACCUAUGAUUAUGCAUGUUCACUUCAUGAAGAGUGGUCAUUUUUGCUUCGAUCGCACUGGACCAAAGUGAAAGGCCUGUAUAUUGUCACACGAUACCUCCCCUUUAUCAUGCUCGCCAUGAAUCUAUGUAUGAGCUUUACCCCGAAUGAGAACCCAGGUAAAUGCGGGGCGUUGGAUCGUAUAAGUUCAGGGUUCGGCAUGCUAUUAGCCGUUUGCUCCGAGUGCUUUUUCAUCCUCAGAACAUAUGCGCUCUGGAACAAAAAUAGAAUUUUGCUCAUAGCCGUGCUAUCUACCUGUUUCACUUUUCUCGUAGUAUCCCUCAGCAUUGCCGUCGACGCUACGGUCGCCGUAACAUAUGCGACUAGCGCGAUCCCGGGAAUUAUGGGGUGCUACUGGAGUUCGACCAGUUAUUGGCUCUUCAUACCUUUUCUUUUCUUUUGCAUUUUCGAACUGGAACUCAUGAUACUCACGCUCAUACGCGCCAUACAGAACUGGCGGACAAACCCAAGCCAUCUGUACGUUAUCCUGGUGAACCAUAACAUAUCCUAUUAUGCAUGCGGUUUUUUGUUCUCUGUAACGAACGUCUUCACAUCACUGCUCCUCAAGUAUUCCUACCACACCAUGUUUUACAAUUUCCAGUUCAUGAUCCUUGCUAUCCUCGCCACGCGCAUGCAUCUCCAUCUCUGGCAGACGGACCGACAUCCACACGGCUCUAGUACCCUCGCGAGCAUUCCAAUGUCCGAGAUGCCAUCUGUAAAUUCUACGGUGUGAUGUCUUAUCCUGUGGCGUAUUGGGUAUCGUUCGUGGAGCGACGCUUUGUCCGUACAAGGUGAUCUGCGGAGGUGGGCUUGGUAGAGUUGGUUACGUUCUUAACUUAUAGGAUGAGUCUGUCGAAGGGUGGGAGGAACAUUUGUAUGCCUUCGUCUAUUUAAAAAAACAAUUCGGGCUUACUACUCCCGGCUUUCUAUCGCAC